CGCAUGGGGAGUGCGCCAGUAACAGACAGCACAGACCGCCGCUCCUGCGAUCAGUUCGUUCGUGCCUGCUCAAUCUUCCAACGACCUUCACUGAUCUCUGUUGCCGUGCCGCGACUUCACGCUCGUGCAAUGUGAUGCGAUCGGGUUCUACCACUGCCAAUUUCGUAACACCACUACAAGCAUGGAGCCUGCCGACAUGUACUCAGCAAUGGGCCUCUCCAAAGGCCAGUUCGACUCUUUGGGACCGAUCAUCUUGAUCCCCACUUCCGCUGGACUUGUUCCUGGCAUCCCAACUGUGGUCGGUGGAGACCAGGUCCCCGGAACGCCGACCCAAGUGGUCUUUCAGCCUAUCCCCCAGCAGGUGUCGGACAGUGAUGUGCCCGUAGACUUGCCCUCUGUGGACGGCUUGGAGGAAGCGGCUAAGUACUACCGGUCUUUCUCGUGCGGCGAAGAAGUGAGCAACCUAGCGGUGCAGGUGACCCGGCGGUUGUCGCGAUCCGUUCCGGAGCUUCGCCAGCAACCGCUGCCGCACUCGCGCGCGGACGAUUACUAUUACGACUCCUCGUCGGACGAAGAGCACGUCUCCGAAGCCCCCAAGGCGAAGUCCAAGGAAAACCGAUGGCUGCACUACUUGGACCUGGUGGCGGGAUGUACCAGGGAAGCCGUCGGGCUGGCCAACAUUUGGAGAUUUCCCUAUUUCUGCUUCAUGCACGGAGGAGGGCCAUUCAUGGUUGCCUACCUGACGCUGCUCGUUGUGUGUGGCAUGCCCAUGAUCUGCAUUGAAAUGGCGGCAGGAAGAGUGACGCAAUCUGGGCCCAUUUCUGCCAUUGCCAAGCUAUGUCCGCUCAUGAAAGGCGUUGGUCUAGCCGGAGUAGCGACUUCUUUCGUGAUGACCUCCCUCUACUCGGUCAUUUUUUCCUGGGCUAUUUUCUACUUCUUCAACUCUUUCCACGGCGACCCACGUUGGGCUAAGUGCGCCAACUCCUGGAACACGAAGCAGUGCUGCGAGGAUCCAGACACCCUGAUCUUGAGCCUGUACGGAGGAUUCCACAACCCGAACGCUAACUUUGAACCGGGUAAACUAACCUUUCCCAACGUGACGCGCGCACCCGCGACUGUAUCGCCGAACGGGACGACCCCUGGUUUCCGUAUUCCCGAUCUCGAAGUGGACCUGACGCAGAGGCCGGAUCUGGACGAGUCGGACGCUGACGAUCAAUCCUGGGUGUCUUACACGCUCUCUCGUCGUAUGACUACCGCCCAGGAGUUCUUCGACCAUAAGCUCCUGGAAAUAAGUAAGGCUAUCGACUCCCCUGGAGAAGUACGCUGGGAGCUGCUGGCUUCGGUUGCUCUCUGCCUGUGCCUCAUGUAUGUUUCCCUGAGGAAGGACACAUUCUUCAGCGGACGCAUCAAGUACGUCCUCUCGCUGGCACCACUCCUCAUUCUCUUCGCUUUCUUGCUGCGGGUCGUCAUGCUUCCGGGUGCAAAGGAAGGAAUUGUGUAUCUCUUCCAACCCAAUGUUCAGGCAAUCAAGAGCGCAUGGCUAUGGAUAUUUGCCUUAGCCCAAACGAUUCACUCUUUGGGCCUAACACUGGGCUCAAACUAUGUGAUCAGCUCGAAGAACAAGAAGCAAAUCACACUAAUGAGGGAUACAGUGAUAUCCGUCUUUGUGAACACCGUCACUGUCAUAGUUGUUGGGUGUGUCGUGUUUGGGAUGAUUGGUCACAUUUGUGUCCGCUGGCGUCAAAGAAUAGACGGGACCUUCUUUCAUAAAGAUCCUGGACUCGUGUUCGUCAUAUACUCGGAAGUGAUCCGCUGCAUGCCCGUACCCAGCUUCUGGGCCAUAACAUUUUUCUUCUUUCUCAUCUGUAUGGCUAUGGACUCGCAGGUUACCAUAGGAAGUAGCAUGGUGCAAGCACUGGAAGAAGCCUAUGGUCGCUUCAUCAAGCAAAGGUUUCAAGGCCAUGGUCUUUUCCUCCUCUUCAUAUGUGCUGCGUGUUUCAUAACCUGUGUCCCUUGUAUCACUCAGGGGGGAAUUUACUACUUCCAGUUGACUGAUUACUACGUUGCUGUCCUCGCGGUCAUAGUAAUUUCCUUCUCGGAAUUAUGCGCCUUGGGAUGGUUUUACGGUGGACAUAACCUCUUGAGCACUCAAAAUGAAAUCAUGCACCAUGUACCGUACAUCUACCUUCGUAUCUGCUGGGGUCUUCUUACUCCACUCGUGUUUGUGGCCGUAAUGGUGUGCGGCGGCAUGUCCCUGAGCAGACUUCGCUACCGUGACAGGCACCAUUUUCCUAUGUGGGCAGACAUCGUCGGCUGGGUCCUCUUUGGUCUCAUUGUGUCAAUCGUACCCGUAUUUAUGUGCCGAGCUGUGUUCCAAGCUGAAUCACCCGGACUUGUCUCGAAAGUGCGUGAAGCCCUGGAACCUCAGCUGGAGGUUGAACAGCCGUUAGACUACUGGGAACCCAAACCCUUGGUGGUCAUCAACAAUCCCAAAGAUGGCAUCAGUCGUCACACUACAGUUGUCAGGGACAGCAGGAGAAUGCAUAACAGGAGCGUGUAUUACGAUGAAACGGACAUAUAAGGCAUUAGGAUCGUGCGGAUGGCAUCUAGUGCUUACGUAGACAAAAGGACACGCGGGUUCUGCUACGGCUUUCUACAACGCAUGUAGGAGCAACUAGGCACAAGGAUAGAGCAAUUGAAGGACAUCACAUGUGCGAUAAUCCUCCAAGAGGAACACUCAUGUACAUUUUGUUGUCUCACUCAUAGUAUAUUGACAUUGGUGGGCACAAAUAAACAUCCAGAUCAGUA